UCACCAUGGCAACCAUUUUCGUAUUUCCGUCUGCUGGUAAACAAUAAUAAACCAACAAGGCGCAACAGGUGUGCGUCUUCAGAAAGCAUCUACUUUUUUUCUAAAAGAGCAACCGGUGACGAUCUCGAUUUCCCAUCAAUCGAAUCCCAGAAACAACAUUGUCAAUUAACCCCAAACCCAGAAAAUGGAAAGUGACAUUUUGAGUUCACUGAAAGGCGGUUAUCCUCACUUGACCGAGAAAAUUCUGAAUCUGCUGGAUGCUCGCAGUUUGGCAAAUGCUGAGCUUGUGUGUAGACAGUGGAGAUCCUUCAUCGCUGAUGGAAGGUGUUGGAAAAAAUAUCUUCUGUCCAAAAAAGUCACUAGCAUUCCAAUUAUUUUCAAUUGGGCUGAAUAUUCUGGAGAUAAUGAGUCUGAAAGGCAUCACAAUAAACAAGACUGGAUGAAAAUCCACAAUUUUUAUCAGAAAUUAGAAGACAACUGGCGAUCGGCUUCUUGCAGACAGCAGAAAAUAGUGAAUUAUAAAGUCCGGUGCUUUUCCAUGAACACCAAGGAAAUAUUCACUGCCGGUUACGUUGAGAAUCAGAGUAUUAUAAAAACCUGGAACAGAAAAUCUCUUCAUUGCGAAAGGAAUUUCACAGACGAAGACAAACUUCACAUAGUCAGCAUGGAUUGCGACGAUGAUUUCCUUGUCACAAUGUCAAUCGAAGCUUGGCAUCAUGUUCGCUCCGGUUUACCUAGCGUAUCUACCAUCUUUGUUCGUGAAUUACAAUCUGGAGAAGUGAUACAAAGAAUUAUGGGCCAGUUUUCGCGUUUGGGUCGAUACGAAACUGCUUUCAAGAUCUGCGUUGGCCAUGGAUUGCUCAUCAGUCAUCAGGUUGUCGGUGAACAGCCAAACAGUCGUCUGAUCCUCCAGGAUGUUCUCAAAUCUCGUCUGGAUAUAUGGCGAAUGGCGAAUGCACGGGAAUUUGUUGAAGCUAAAAGCACUGUGUGUCUUGUUCCCAUUUCCCAAAGUGAUUUGGACUAUGACUAUCCAGUACUCAUUGGCCAUGACCAAAAUUACAUCGUCGUUCACCGCAGCGAUCCGCCUCGUUUUGAAAUCAUAUCGACGUCUUCUCUGAACCUCACCAGGACCAUCGACGCUUUCGAUUACUGUCCCAAUGCUAAGUACAAGGACGGAUUAAUUGUGUCGACUCCCACUUUCACACACACCUGCUGCAUCAGGAUAUGGGACGCGGAAACGGGUUUGUGCUUGCGGGAAAUUCAAGAACCUAAGCCCACACGAUAUCACAAUUUGAAUCAUCUAGUUGGAUUCACCACCAAUUAUCUAAUCACUGUACUGAACACGCCAAUGUUAAGGGAACGAGUGAUCAACAUCCGAGAUCUCAGCGCUGCCAUAGACUUGCACAGCAAUCAGACGUCCGCAUCGACUGUCGUUGCAACUCUUGAACUGGAUUGGGAUACCUCCUUGUCGUACGAUCAUUUCAUAGUUGACGAUUUUCAGCUCGUUUAUCUUCAUUAUCAAGCACUUGUCGUGUACAGUUUUGCUCCAGAGGUUUAACGAGUGGAUUGCAGCGUUCCUAAAAUACUCUUCAAAUGUUACACUGUUUGGCGGUCUUUGACUUAAGCUUUUUUUUUUUUUCAUUUUUCGUAUUGCUGAAUCCGGAUUAGAAAUCUCUGUGCUAUAGUUUCGCCCUCGUACAGCCUCGUAUUUCGGUUUGAAUAAGUGAAUAACAUUUGUAAUAUUCGAAAGAUAGUUAUUGCAUCAUGGUGUAUUUCUGGCUAUUCGAUACUCUGAAACACAGCUGGGUAAAAGUGUGCAUUUAUUGAGUGAUCUAUUCAAUAGGUUGCAAGUGGAAUAACGUUCAUCGAUUGUCCAAUUAUGUAUCAAAGCGAAUGUCCCCAAUAAUUCAGAUGCGAUUAAACUUUAAAACAGUUA